AUGGUCGGAGAUGUGGGGUGUGUCUGUGAUCCCAGAUUUACAGGGACGUACUGUGAAGUCCCGUGUCCUCUCGUCUGCGAUACCAACAGACACUGCGAGUAUAAAGAAGCUCACCAGACACCUGAAUGUUUCUGCAACUAUGGAUACUCCGGGUAUAACUGCUCUGAAGAGAUAUCGGGAGCUACUUCAGCAGUUGGGUUAGUGGCAUCGGUCGGACUGCUGCUACUGCUGCUGCUGUGUUGUGUGAUCGUGCCCGUCCUGUUGUACAAACGAGGCAACAUCAGGGUCAUGAAAAUGGUCCGCUCAUUUCGGGGAUAUGAAGAAGACGAUAACAAAGAAUACGACGCCUUCAUCCUGUACGUGUCAGCAGACUUGGACAGGCAGUUUGUGAUACAAACCCUGGUACCGAAGCUAGAGGGACGGAUGUGUUUAACACUGUGCAUACAGCAGCGUAGUCUAGUACCCACCACAACUACCGCAAAUAACACAGUGGAACUGGCCAGACAAAGUCGCCGCAUCAUCCUCAUCCUCAGCCCAUCUUUUAUCGACAGCAGCUGCAACAGCGAGGAAUACCGAACGACUAACCUGCAGAUGCUUCAGGAGAAGCGUAAGAUCCUGCUCAUCGUGUUGGGUGAUAUACAUGCAGCCCAAAACAAGACAGAUGACGCCAUUAAUAGAAUCUUACAUUCGGCCAGAAAACUGGAGUACCCUGGCAAACAGGGGAACCAACAGGAAUAUAAUAAAUUUUGGAGUCGACUCGAGCUGUCCAUGCCAAAGAAAAGGCCGAAUACGCUAGAAUCAGGGAAAGGACAGUCAUGCCUCGUGUCUCCUUCCAUCAGUUCAUCUUUAGAGCCCGCUCAAGAUCCAAAAGCGCCAUUGGAAAUACGCCAGUUCCCCAACGGAAACUUAAACCCUCAACUUAUGCAACGUAUUGUUCGUGUUCCCGCCUACAACCUGGAUGCAUCUGAAAAGACUCCUCCAGUAGUAUGUGCUGCCUUUGACCGCAUCUUGGGCAGAAAUGACAGUAACGACUUCGAAAUACAGGAAAAAAACAUCGACAAUUUUGGAACAGCCAAAGAUUCGUAUUACGGACAGCCUCAGCCGGAUCUCCCCACCGCGAACGGACACAAUGGUGCUGUCAAUGGUGGUUUUGAUUACUCUAGCAGCAGACACACAAAUAUUAUACAAACUGAAGCCUUGAUGAACGGGAUUGGUCAGACUAAUACGCGUGAUGGAUCAUAA